GCCACGCUCGCCUAAAUGGAUAGAGCAGCCGUCCAAUCACGAGCAGGACGGAGCGAGGAGAAUUGUCCUGUUUCGGAGAGGCGCAUAAGUGCGCCACCCUUUCGUCCACACGUCGAGGCUGUUGACAUUGCGUGUGCCUCCCCCAGAGGAUGGCGUUUCUCCGAGGCGUUUCUCCUUUCACUUUUGUCAGGCUGCCGACAGCGAGCUGGCCUGGAAGCAACAUGCGGCGGCCGCUGCUGCUCGUCGUCUCCCUUCUCGCCUUGCUCCCUGCACUUGAAUUGAUUGCUGCUGGACCAAGUCGUGUCAAUGAUUCUGAUCCUGUGAUACACAGAGUGCAUAAUAAAUUUUCUGAAGUGAAAAAUAUUUCUAAACGGGAUGUUGUAUGUCCAUCGGGCAAGCACCGAUCAGGAGAUACCUGCUGCGACCUUUGUGAGCCUGGUUAUGUUAAAGACAAAAAUUGUACAACAUCCACUAAAACAAUCUGUAAAAAAUGCAAGGAAGGAAAAGAGUACAUGGAUGAUUACAAUUACCUCUCCAAAUGCAUACGGUGCAGCUUUUGUGACCCAGAGCAUGGUUUCGAAGUGGACAAGCCCUGUAACAGUUCCCAGAAUGUAAAAUGCAGGUGCAGGCAUGGCUUUUUUUGCAAUUCCUCGGAACCAUGCCGUCACUGUGAUCCAUGUUCAAAAUGUGAAAAUGGCAUAGUUGUAGAAGAAUGCAACCAAACCAGUGACACCAUCUGUGGAAGAAAACAAUAUUUGCUAUGGAUAAUUGGAGUUGUCAUCCUACUUGUGCUCAUUGUGGUAGCGGUCAUCAUAAGAUGGAAAUAUCGGCACAAAGGAAACUGGAUGCCAAAGAAACAAAUCAACGAUGAACAGAGACCAGUGGAACUGAAGCCUCUCAUUUACCCAGACAUUGACUUGACGCCUCACAUCAGUGACAUUGCGGAGGAGAUGACCUUGGCACAAGUCAAGAAGUUUGUUCGGAAACAGGGGCUGUCAAACCCCACCGUAGACAGGAUCAUUUCGGAGAAUAUGCACGAUGCUACUGAGCAGAAAAUAAAGCUUCUUGACAGCUGGUACCAAGAGAAGGGGAUAAAAGGUGCUUAUAGAACUUUAAUAAGCAGCCUGAGAGACCUUAAGGAGCGUGUCCUUGCUGAUCUGAUUGAGCAAAAGAUGGCCUGCCAUAUACAGAACAACGCAAGUGCUCAUCAGAACAUGAAUGCUGACGUGUAGAAGAAAUUUCCAGCUGUUGAAAUCCAGUUUUUAAAGCAGCAGAGUUUACAUUUGUUAUGGUGUGUGUGUGUGUGUGUGUGUGUGUGUGUGUGUGUGUGAUUUUAUGCUACCAGGAACCUGAGUUACUCAUUCUAGAAGUGCUUCAUGGACACACCUGCCUGCAAUUCGGGCAUAUGCCAAAAAGGCCAGCUGCUCAACACCACAAAGAGGGCAACUUUUUGAUCUGAAACAUCUCUGUUUCACCUCAACAAGGAUUUGUUUACAUUCCCCUCACUUCUGUCCAGCUGUGAGCAUUAUUUUCAAGCUAAGUGUCAAAGGAAAAGUAUAAGAUUCUUUCACCACCACAUAUGGGGUAACCACUCAGUUUUUUAGCCUCUGGCUCACACAUUUUUGUCUUAGCUCAGGAAGGAUGGCUCCAG